GCGGGAGGUGGCACCGCUGGAGGCAGCGCGGGACGCGCGGUCCGAGGUGCAAUGGCAGAAAAGGUGCUGGUAACCGGCGGGGCUGGCUACAUCGGCAGCCACACGGUGCUGGAGCUGCUGGAGGCGGGCUACUCCCCUGUGGUCAUCGACAACUUCCAUAAUGCCAUCCGCGGAGGCGGGUCCAUGCCUGAGAGCCUGCGGCGGGUUCAGGGGCUGACAGGCCGCUCUUUGGAGUUUGAGGAGAUGGACAUCUUGGACCAGGCAGCCCUGGAGCGUCUCUUCAAAAAGCACAGCUUUACGGCGGUCAUCCACUUUGCGGGGCUCAAGGCCGUGGGCGAGUCAGUGCAGAAGCCUCUGGAUUAUUACAGAGUUAACUUGACAGGAACCAUCCAACUUUUGGAGAUUAUGAGAGCGCACGGGGUGAAGAACCUGGUAUUCAGCAGCUCGGCUACCGUGUAUGGGAACCCCCAGUACCUGCCCCUGGACGAGGCCCACCCCACGGGUGGCUGUACUAACCCCUACGGCAAGUCCAAGUACUUCAUCGAGGAAAUGAUCCGGGACCUGUGCCAGGCAGACAAGACCUGGAAUGCAGUGCUGCUGCGAUAUUUCAACCCCACGGGCGCCCACGCCUCGGGCUGCAUUGGUGAAGACCCCCAGGGCAUCCCCAACAACCUCAUGCCCUAUGUCUCCCAGGUGGCCAUUGGGCGACGGGAGGCACUGAAUGUCUUUGGCAACGACUAUGACACAGAGGAUGGCACAGGCGUCCGGGACUACAUCCACGUAGUGGAUCUGGCCAAGGGCCACAUCGCAGCCCUGAGGAAACUGAAGGAUCAGUGUGGCUGCCGGAUCUACAACCUGGGAACGGGCACAGGCUAUUCGGUGCUGCAGAUGGUCCAGGCCAUGGAGAAGGCCUCCGGGAGGAAGAUCCCGUACAAGGUGGUGGCACGGCGGGAAGGUGACGUGGCUGCCUGUUACGCCAACCCGAGCCUGGCCCUCCAGGAGCUGGGCUGGACAGCAGCCUUAGGGCUAGACAGGAUGUGUGAAGACCUGUGGCGCUGGCAGAAGCAGAACCCUUCCGGCUUUGGCGCACAGGCCUGAGACCCUCCUACCACGGACAGAAAAGGAAGAGACACAACUGCUGCUCUCCAGCAUCUGGCAGGCCCCGGGGGCCUCAGAGCCUGCCCUACCUCAAACCCCAGCCAGGCCCGCCCAGCCCACAGGCAUGAGGCCAAGGGCUCCGGUGAUGUUGAUGAGGAGUCCAUGGUCUCUAACUCUUCUCUUCCCCAGGGGCUGGGAACCCAUCGGGACCACCAAGAGCGAGUGGGGGAGGCAGGGUCGUGAGACUAACACCCUCCUCCCAGGCACUAAUUUAUACUGCCGUGAAGGCACUCUCCAAAGUAUUUAAAAUAAAGUUUUCUUACACUGGA